AUGUUCUACAUGCACCUCUUCGUGAACAAGCGUGGGCCCCUGGCCAAAAUAUGGCUGGCUGCCCACUGGGAGAAGAAGCUCACCAAAGCCCAUGUGUUUGAGUGCAAUUUAGAGAGCACUGUUGAGAAGAUCAUCUCACCAAAGUUUGCAGUUGCUCUGCGCACCUCUGGGCACUUACUCUUAGGAGUAGUACGAAUCUACCACAGGAAGGCAAAGUACCUCUUGGCAGACUGUAGUGAAGCUUUGACAAAAAUGAAGACAGCCUUUCGUCCAGGACUUGUUGACCUUCCAGCAGAGGACUUCGAGGCUGCGUAUCAGUCCAUUACAUUACCUGAAGAAUUUCAUGAUUUUGCAGCACCACUCCCUGAACUAAAUGCCAUUGAUGUUGCUGAACAUUUUACCUUGAAUCAGAGGAGAGCUGAAGACAUCACACUUACAGAGGAUUAUGAAAGCAAUAUACUUCUCUGUGAUAGAAACUUUGGUGAGGAACCAGAAACACUAAGAAAACAAAGUUUCUUUGAUGGCAGCAUAUUAAUGAGCAGCAAUAGUGUCUUAGCUGACCACACCUUGGCAAGUCUGAACGGAGACAAGUCUGCGCUGUGUGAAGACACUUACUGCUUCGAGCACGACUGCUUUGGAGAUGAGGAGACUGCUGGAGAUAUGAUUGAAAUUCUAUUAAGGGAUGAGAAAAAUAGCCAAAUCAAGGACAUUCUUGAUAUGGAGGAAGAACUUCCUUUGUCACAAGAUCUUCCAGGGAACAGCACAGCCGAUUCCAAUGGUGCAGAUACCAUGAUUCAAGAAAAUCAUCUAAUGAAUGAAACAGCACUUAUGUCUAAAGAAGAAGGAUUUGUGCUUGAGCCCAUUGAUGAUACAGUGAUCACUCCGAGGAAAAAAAAUAAGAGAAAAAGGAAAUUGCUUGUGGAUGCAGACAAGGAGCUCAGCUGCCAGACUAUAUACAACCAGCUUAACAACUGUGUGGGCACUCUCACUACGCUGGACCUUGCGCCCCCAACCAAGAAAACAAUGAUGUGGAGGGAGUCAGGGGGAGUGGAUGUUCUCCUGUGCCAAGCUGCACAACCUUUGAUUCAUGCUGAGCUGCAAAAG